AUGGCGAGCAUCGAUCGCUACCGACCUCCUAGAGAAGGAUAUCAACCUCCAUCAUUGCCCACUGGCAGCCGACCCGAGCGCGAUUCAAGAUCGAGGUCUCCCAGACGACGCGAUGCUGUCCCCCCCGCUGUACCAACCCCUCCGCAACAUUCAACACGAACAUCACCCCCUCGCCCCCAGGCGCGCCAACCCCAGUCGCCAGCGCGGUCCGGCGCACAAACACCAGUAGCCGGUUCCAAUCAAUGGGCAUUCACGUCGGACGAGGUGCGGAGCACACCCAGUAUCAUUGAGGGCAUCACACCGGCCGAUGAACGCAUGCGCAGAGCAAAGGGUGUUAAUUUCAUAUACCAAGCUGGUGUCAUGCUGGAUCUUCCUCAGAUUACGCUGUGGGUAGCCGGUGUUUUCUUCCAUCGCUUCUACAUGCGCUGUCACAUGGUGCAAGAAAAGGGCGGAAUUCAUCAUUAUAACAUAGCAGCAACGGCCCUGUUCUUAGCCAACAAGGUGGAGGAAAACUGCCGCAAGACAAAAGACAUCAUCAUAGCGGUAGCCAAGGUUGCGCAAAAGAAUUCCAAGCUCAUCAUCGACGAGCAAAGCAAAGAGUACUGGCGAUGGCGAGAUAGCAUCCUCACAUACGAAGAGGUCAUGCUGGAGCAACUCACAUUCGACCUGAUGGUCGACAAUCCCUAUCGUCAUCUGUUUGAACUACUCGGAAAGCUGGACAUUGUGCACAACAAGCACUUGCGACAAGCCGCUUGGGCUUUCUGCAACGAUGCCUGCCUCACGUCCAUCCCUCUGCUAAUAGAAGCCCGCGAUGUUGCUAUCAGUGCUAUCUUCUUCGCAAGCGUCCACACAAGUCAACAAAUCGACGAUAUUAGCGGCGAGCCAUGGUGGAAGCAUUUGAAGGGCGACGAGGUCCUUUGUUCUCAGGCGAUCGAAGUGAUGCGACAGUUUUACACGGAGAAUCCGCUUAGAAAGCAGAACCCGUCGCUGCCAUCACCAGCCUUUCACCUUGAGAAUACUAGAAGACGAGGCGACACCUUGCUGAGCCAGCCAGACACACUAUCGUCAACCACCGGUACCCCACUGGAAGCCGAUCGUGCGAGUCGGAGUCCUGGAGUGAACUCCAGAGUGAACGGUGCCAGCAAGGAUAGUGAGGGCCGACAUUUAGGAUCCCAGUCUAAGCUCGACGAGAACGAGGUCGCAUCCAAAUCACCGCUCAAGCGAAGAGAACCAGAUGAUGGCGACACGAAGAGCGAUAGGGCAGAGAAACGAGCCAAGCUCUCGGAGGACGAAGAGGGUGAGCUGGUUGAAGACUGA